ACCUUUAAUUUUAGCAAAUGACAGCACGCCCAUAAACUAAGGUGCAUGGCUUGGCAUGGCAUGUCACCUUUAUUAUUUGUCGACCCACCAUAGAUAUAAUUAAAGUCCUUUUUUGAAACACUUCACAUCUAUGCAAUAAUGAUUAUGAUUAUCCUAAUAUGUAGACCACGAAGCUUUCUUAAUGUAAUAAUGAAUAUCCUAUAUAUCUAUGUGCAUAAUAUGUCUCUCCACAAAUUGAAUCCAGGUGUUCAAAAUUCACAUUUAUACUCUCAUUAAUUUGUUGUCCGCCCACUUCUUUUCUAUCACUAAAAAAGACGAUAUUAACGAGAGAAGAAAAAAAUCGUUAAAAAGCAUAAGAACUCUUGUAAAAGGGUUAUUAAUGAUUGUCCUUACUUCACAUAAUCUCAUAUAUAUCACUAAAAUAUGAUAAAAUCUAGCAUAAAAUAGCUCCAAGGAAGAUGCUAGCUACACUAGUCCAACAACAAAGAAAAGAGAUAUAAAUGCAUAUAAAAAUGGCUCGAAUUAGGAAUGAGAGGAAAGAAUUGACGAAAUAAACACUUAAGACAUGUGAAUUACCACAGACUAUAAGUGAUAAUCAAUAAUUUUGAGAUACAACUUAAAUUUCAAGUAGAAAUCUUGAAAACAUAUAAUAUUCGAGAUGAUAUAUGGAUGUAGAAAGUAAGUUGCAACUAUUUUUACAUCAUAAUUAAGAAGGAAAUUGUAUACCAAGUACUUGGACAAAGAUCGAAAUGUGAAAAAUGUAAUUGAGGGUAAGCAGUUACUGAUUAAACCCACGAAUAGAUGGUAAGAAAAAAGGUUGGUUAAACAUGUAAGACAGAACACAACAAGAGAACUUCACGGGUGAACAGCAACACAAUUGAACAAGGAAAACGAUGGCUGAAGCCAAUUUUAGUGAACAAAGCUAGGAAAACAAAAUUGAAAAUCCUACGCAUGCAUCCACAUUAAUGUUGAUGGACCUACUAUAAAACAACCUAUAGCUCCGGCAUCCUGUUGCUCCCAACAUUUUUAAUCUAGAAAACUAGUUGGCGUUGCGGUUGUUAUAGAUUGAAAUGAUUUUUAGAGUAAUCGAUAAUCGAAUACGGCUUAACUAUUAACCAAAAACUAUCCUAAUAUUACUAUGUUUUUCUCUUCCAAAAUCACUAUGUCAUGGACUCUCAAAAAGACUUGAAUUUCGAACAAACAACCUCCUUUCCGCCCCUGGCCCUCUUCUUCUUUCUCCAAUUUUCUCCACUUGUGAACCCUAAAAUUGAAACAGAAAAAAGCAUCAUUGAUUUUACAAUUAAAAUGUAGGCAUUAAAAUUGAACUGAGAAAAUCAUAUUAGUUAUGUUUGAGGAAAGACAAGCAAAUAUCGUGCCCCAAUUUCUUCCAUCCCAAUUAGCACUCAUUACUCUGCUCUCUCCUUUUCUCUUUGUUUUAUUCUCUCAAUGCCAAAUAGGAAUAACAAAUCAAUUCUAAAGCUAGGGAUGGCAAUUUUGACCUGACCCGUUUUACCCGUCCCGUAGGCGGAGCGGGGCGGGCAUGGGUAGUCUCAUCGACCCGAUCUGCCCUGACCCGCCCCAUUCUUGUCUAAAUCACAUGUAAUCUUAGUCAAAUUACUGAGAAUUUUCCUUUUAUUGCAUCAUAUUUUAGCUAUAAUAAAGUUGUAAAUUAGUAAAAAUUUCAAUUUCUCCAAUAAUUUAACUACAAUUUUCAUAAUAUUGUUUGUUUUCUUAGUCUUAUAAUAAAAAUAACGAAUAUUUCUAAUGUUUUUCAUAUAAAUUGCAUACCCAUUGGGUCGACCUGAUCCGACCCGCGAUCCGUGAUCAAUUACCCGACCUGGACCCGACCUGCCACGGGGCGGGUCUGGGUACCAAGAAACCCGCCCCGGACAUGCCCAUUGCCAUUCCUACCUAAAGCAAUUAUAAAUUAUAAAAAAAGGCACUUAUAUAUGUAGGGAAAAUCUACAAACAAAUGAACAAUUGGAAGAAGACAAAAAAAGCCAAAUUGAAUGGACCUUUCUUCUUGCGAUUCUGGCCAAAUUGGGUUUCAGCCAGACCUGGAUUGGUUGGAUUAGAGAGUGCCUUAGCUCGGCGUCCUUUUCCAUUCUUAUGAAUGGAUCUCCUGCUGGUUUCUUUCGUUCUAGUCGCGGGUUGAGGCAAGGAGAUCCCCUCUCACCGCUCUUGUUUGUGUUGUGUACACAAGGAUUUGCAGCUCUGCUCCGGAGGGCCAUCGAGGAAGGGAAAUUGGAGGGAGUAAGGGUGGCACCUAGAGCACCUCGGAUCUCUCACCUAUUUUGUGCUGAUGACUCGUAUUUAUUUUUACAAGGAUCGCUUCAGCAGUGUGAGAAUCUAAUUGUGGUGCUUAAUGAGCAUGAGGAACUAAGUGGGUCCAGGAUCAGGAGUUUCUGGCGCAAAUUUUGGGGGUGGGGGCUGUGGGUGUCCAUGAUAAGUAUUUGGGCCUACCUUCCCUUAUUGCACGGUCUAAAAUGGCUACGUUCUGAUUUGUGAAGGAGCGCUUAAUAGCUCGUCUUCAGGGAUGGGCUCAGCGAUCAUUGUCUACGGCAGCCAGAGAAACUCUGAUUAAGUCUAUUGCUUUUGCUCUUCCGCUGCACGUGAUGUCUUGUUUUAAACUACCGCUUUCUCUUUGUAGAAUUCUGGAUAGAUUGGUUGCACGGUUUUGGUGGGGGGUGGAGGAUGGGCAUUCUCGGAUUAGGUGGAUGUCUUGGCGAAGGAUGUGUCUAAGUAAACAUGAAUGGGGGGAUGGGUUUUCUUCGGUUUGAGUUCUUCAAUCAAGCACUUCUUGCUAAGAUUGGAUGGCGUAUUUUGACCGAUCCCCAAUCCCUUCUUGCUCAAGUGUAUAAAGGGAAGUAUUUUCCUCGUGGAUCUUUUCUUACUGCGACUCCUCGUUCGCGCCCCUCUUGGGGUUGGCAGAGUAUCUUGUAUUGGAGGCAAUUGUUGGCGCAGGCCUUAGAUGGCAGAUUGGGGAUGGUAAAGGGGUGGCUUCUUUAACGGAGAAUUGGAUCCCCUCGCUUCACCCUAAUCCUCCCAUGUUUAACCCCGGGGUUCUUUCGGAUAGUGUGGAGCUCAAGGUGGCAGAUUUUAUUUGUUCGACGAGAGGUCGGUGGGAGCUGAAUAAGAUUGGGGAGUGGUUUCCUCCGGAGGUUUGUCGUGCUAUUCGUAGUAUUCCCUUGCCUAGAAGGGCUAUGGAGAAUAGACUCGUCUGGCAUGCAACGGGAGAUGAGGUUUUCUCUGCGAAAUCCGCUUAUCACCUGGCUGUUCGCCUAGACCAGGAAGCAGGGGGUUGGCGCCAUACGGUGAGCUGGAUGGACCGGGGAAAUUGGAAGAGGGUGUGGAACUUGACAAUUCCGCCGAAGUUAAAAGUGUUUCUUUGGCAGGUUCUGCAUCGUUUCCUCCCCACUACGGAGGCUCUCAUUGGCAGGAAGGUGGCUCUUCAUCCUAGAUGCCCGAUUUGCUGGAACGCGCUUGAGACAAUGGAACAUCUUUUCUUUGAUUGUUGUGUGGCUCGUGCUUUGUGGGAUGCUGCGGGGUUAGAGCAUGUAGGUCAGGGGCUGCCUCGUCUCACUUUCCCCCUCUUUAUGAAGCGGCUUCUUGCCAUCGUCACGGACCCUCCCCAGGUCAUGGCCGUUGUGGCUGUGCUCUGGCGGAUCUGGAAGUCUCGCAAUUGGGUUGUCUUUGAUGGCAAACAAUUUGGGAUAUUGUCCCUCCUGCGUCAGUACCACCAGCAGUUACGGGAGUGGACUUCUCUGCCACGGGACGUGGUGGCGGGUGCCCAGGCGGGGGUAACUCCGUUGGGGUCUUCUGCUCGUCAGGCCUCUCUUAUUUGUAGGUGGGAUGAUGCAGUGCAGCGAGGGUCCCACUCGGCAGGAGGGAUGGUGAUGUUGGGUUUGGAUGGUGUGGUGGUAGGUGCGAUAGGUGUGUGCUUCCCAGGGAUUGAUGAUCCGUUGCUUGUAGAGUUGCUGGCUCUUCGGAAAGCCAUCCUUUGGUGUCGGAGUGGAGGGCUUUUGCUGGUUCGUUUUGAGGGAGAUGCGAAGGUGGUAGUGGACAGGCUUAAUCAGGCGCAGGGGAGUGAUAGUACUUUGGGAGUUAUCUUCCGUGAGGUGUUGCUCUACCUAGCUGAGAGUGACGGGUUUAGUGUUUGGUUCGUUGGUCGGCGUAGCAACAGGGUAGCCCAUUUGGUGGCUCGAAAUGCCCUUUCUUUGUACCCGAUAGCGAGUCGUUCUUUUGAUUUUGUAGCCUGGUUACGACAUGUGAUGUAAUGAUCUUUUCUUCAGUAUCAAUAUAUGAUUAUCUUUUGUCAAAAAAAAAAGGAAGAAGAAAAAAUAAGGACUUCUAUUGAUUCAGUUACCUAUCAGCUAGUUUGGUGUAUUCUUUGUUGAAUCACUUGCUAACCGAUUAAUCGGUUGACCAACAUAAUAACUCAUAAUUGAGUAUACGGUUACGGCUCACCAACUAAUAUAAGUGAUGUAGUUAACGAUGGGAACGGCUACGGUGCUAAUUGUACAAUAGUUAGCACCGUCCUAAUCAAGGGAAAAACUACUACUAGUUUGAAUUAGUAGUGAUUUAGCUUAGAUGUUGUAUUGAUUUUAUAAUAAUCCGUAGUGAUUUUUGCUAGUUAUCACGGUGCUAACCCCUAUAAGGAUUAGCACCUAAUCCCAUCCCAAUUAACGAUCUAUAAAAAUGGUCAAUCAAUAACAGUUAUAGUUAUAACCGAACCGAUUAAUGACCAUACGAGUAAUAUGACGACAAUGAAUUUCAUCAAAGAUA